AUGUCGACUCACGGACGCGGACACGGGCGAGGUAGAGGAAGAAUAGGAAAUGCUAUGCCAGAAGCAAUAGGGAAUAAUCCUAACCCUGUAGACUUCAUAGCUGCCCUAGGGAAUAUGGCCGCGGCAAUGCAAGCGACAGCCGAAGUCCUAGGCAACCAAAUAAAUAAUGGGAAUAAUGGCAACAACGGCGAUGAGGGUCCUAUUAUGCUUUCUUCCUUCCUGAAAGUUCAUCCUCCGACCUUCAGAGGAACCUCGAACCCUACCGAUGCGGAUAAAUGGAUUCAAGCCAUUGAGAGAGCAUUACAGGCUCAGCAGGGUGAGGCUCAGCAUUGGUGGCAGGGCAUGAGGUGUAUUCUGCAGCCUGAUGGAGUUGUAAUUUUUUGGGACUUGUUCCAAACAGAAUUUUAUAAGAAGUACUUUCCCAGUUCAGUAAAAAAUGCUAAGAAACUUGAACCGCUUCAGUUGAAACAAGGCCAGAUGACUGUUACUGAGUACACUAGUAGGUUUGAGGAAUUGUGUCAUUUUUUACGGAUUUGUCAAGGCACUCCUGAAGAUUUUGCUGAGUGGAAAUGUAUCAAGUAUAACGGAGGCCUUCGAAGUGAUAUUCUGAGCUUUGUUGCACCGAUGGAGAUCAGGGUGUUUUCUGAACUUGUGAACAAGAGUCGAAUAGCUGAAGAAUGUGUGAGGAUCACAGCCGUGGAAAAGAAUGAUAAUCAGGAGUCCCGCCGAAGAGAUCACCAUCAGAAUUUGGCACCAAGGAGUCAAGAAUUCAAGAGGACUAAGAACUACCGACCCAAUAGGCAGCAUAAAAAUAAGCAAGGUCUGUGUUACCGGUGCGAAUCACCCGGGCAUCUAGUUAAGGACUGUCUUAGUCCACGUGGUGGAAACACAUGA